AUGAAUAAAUUCAUCAUACUCUCAUUGUUACUUGCUUUAGCAGCAAGUCAAACAUACAGUAUAACGUCAUGCACAUGUGCAUAAUUGUUAUCUGAAGGAGAUUGCAUCAAAAAUGCUUCCCUUGGAUGUUCAUGGGAUGCAACAAAGAAGGCAUGCGCAGUUUCAACAACUCCUGUCACUCCAACAGUGACUUAUGCAGCAUAUUGUGAUACAUUUGCUGAAACAGAUUGUCCAAAAGCUAAACCAUGUACUGAUUGUGGAAGCUACGCCGCCUGCGCUUGGAUUGAUAGCAAAUGCACAUUCUUCACAGGAUGUACAGCCUUUGCUAAAACACUUGAUUCUGAUUGUUAAGCAAUUAGUAAUAGAUGUAUUACAGAUGGAACUCAUUGUGUUGAAGUAGAUGCUUGUAGUACUUAUAAAAAAUAACUCCCUUGUGUUAAAAAUGCAGCUGGAAGCUUAUGCUAUUGGGAUACAACAAAUAAUACAUGUGUUGAUGCUAAUACUUGUGAUAAAUUACCAACGACAUUUGCAACAGAUAAAGAAUGCAGAGAUGUGAUUUCAACUUGUACAACAAAAACUGGUGGUGGAUGUGUUGAUAGUGGAAAUAACUGCAGUGAUUAAACAUUAGAAAUUUAAUGUGUUUGGAAUAAAUUAAAAACUACUGCUUGUUAUUGGGAUGGAGCUGCUUGCAAAGAUAGAAUUUGUGAUAAUGCACCAACAAGUUUAACUACUGAUGAUGCCUGUAAGACAUUUAGAACUGAUGGAACAUGCACAACCAAAGCAAAUGGAGGAUGCGUAACUAGAACUACUUGUGCUGCUGCAGCUAUUUAAGCCUCAUGCAUUAAAAAUAGUUCAGGUGGUGACUGUUAUUGGACAGGAACUGCUUGCGUAGAUAAGACUUGUGCAAAUGCACCCGCUACAAUGACAACUAAUUCUGCAUGUGCAGGAUUUGUUACAGGAUGUAUCACUAAAUCAGGAGGUGGCUGUGUUGCUAAUGGAGCUUGUUCUGUUGCUAAUGUUUAAGCAGCUUGUGUUAAGAACUCAAGCAAUUUUGAUUGCAUUUGGGAUACAACUUGUAAAGAAAAAACAUGUGCAAAUGCCCCAACAACCAAUAACACUCAUGAUUUAUGUACAUCUUAUUUAUCUACUUGUACUGUUAAGUCAGGUGGUGGAUGUUAAAAUAGAACAUGUGCGAAUGCUCCAACAACAUUGACAACAAAUGAUGCAUGUGAAGCUUAUUUAACAGGAAAUAAUUGUAUAACAAAAACAGGAGGUGGAUGUGUUACAAAUACUACUUGUGCAGCCAUAACAUUAGAAGCUGCUUGUGUUAAGAAUUCUACUGGAUCAACUUGUUUUUGGGAUACUGCAAGUUCCAGUUGCAAAGAUAAAACAUGUGUGAAUGCUCCAGCAACUAACACUACUCAUGAUCUCUGUUAAGCUUUCCUAAAUACUUGUACAGUUAAUUCAACAAAUGCUGGAUGUGUUGAUAAAACAUGUGAAAAUUCAUUAGUUUUGGCUAUUUGUGAUAAAGAUACAAGUAAUAGAGCCUGCAUUUGGAAAGGAAAAUGCUAUAAGAAAUAAUGUGUUUUGGCUUCAUCUGCUACUACUACUCAUGCUGAUUGCUAAACCUAUAGCUCAUCUUGUACUUUGAAUAACUCAGGCUCAGGUUGUGUUCCACUUCCACUUAAAUGUGAAGCUAUUACCCUUGAAGCUGCUUGUAAUAUAAAAGCUAGUGGUUCAGCAUGUGGAUGGAAUGGAUCUUAAUGUAUUGAUAAAGCUUGCUCAACUGCUUCUAAGACAUUCACAACUACUACAUAAUGCUAAGGACACAUAUCAACUUGUGUUGCUAAUAAUCCAGCAACUGUUAAUGGUUCUUUGACAAUUUAAGGAUGUUAAGAUUUACCAACUACAUGUGCAGCUAGAAAAUCAACUGAAAAUUGUGAGAUUUCAAGAAUUGGAUUCCCAACAUGUCUUUGGGUUGCAUCCACUACUUCAUGUGUUGAAAAGUCAUGUGCAACUGCUAGCACUGCAGGAACAACUGGAGCAUUAUCAGCAGGAGGAUUCACUUUUUCUGCUUGUCAAACUUAUCUCAAUACUUGUAUUUCAAAUAAUACAGCAGAUGGAUGCAUAGUUAAGCCAUCAAGUUGUUCAUCAUUAGUGUCAUCUAAUUGUUAGCUUGGUUCUAAAGCAAGUGGAGAUUGCUAUUGGAAUGGAAGUAGUUGUGUUGAUAGAACCUGUGCAAAUAUCUCCCAAACUACACAUAAUAGUUGUUAUAAUACAUUUAAUUAAUGCACAGUGAAUAAUGGAGGAACUGCUUGUUAACCCUUAGCAACUGCCUGCACAUCUUAUUCAACCUAAGAAAAUUGUAAAUUUACAUCUACAAACAAGAAUUGUGUUUGGACUGGAUUAGCUUGUAGAAAUGCUAAUUGUGCUGAUGCUCCAGAUACUGCCUCUUAUGAUACCGAUACAGAAUGUUUAGCUUACCCAACACCAACAGAAACUUGUACAGUUGUCUACAAAGUUGGAGCUUAAGGAUGCGUGCCAAAAUCAGCAAAUUGUUCAGAUUAUAUGACAUAGGCCUAAUGCCACAAAACUAUCACAAAUUUAACAGCUAAUGAUGAUUGUAAGUGGAUCAUUGAUAAAUGCUAUGCAAUAUCCUCUUUUGCUACUGGAGCUUGUACAACAUUCAAGGGUACUUAAACAAUGUGUUAAGGAUAUAGAGCUGGAUGUACAAAUACUGGUGCUGCAUCAUCCACAACUGCUUGCACUUUAGAUUGUACUUUAAAAACAGGAACAGGUUUAACAUUCUAAGACUGUUAAGCAUUAGAUUCUACAUGUUCUGUCAAAAAAGAUGGCACUGGUUGUAUUGUUAUCUAAUCUACUUGUGCCGGGUAUGGAACAACAGCCGCUAAUUGUUUCAGGUCAAGUGCAAGUGGAAGUGCAGGAUAUUGCGCAUUAAAUGGUUCUUCUACUUGUGUGGCACUGACUGCAGCCGCUGAUUGUGCGUUUGUAAGUGGGUUAACUGGUUUGGAUCACACUAAGUGUUAACUAUAUCACUCUUCUUGCACAGCCUUAAAAGAUGGCACUGGAUGUUAGGAGUAUAAAACAACUUGUUCUGGUUAUGCAGCAACAAACAAUUGUGCUACUUCUGGAUAGGGUAAAUGCUACUUUGAUGGUACUGAUUGCCUAAGAUUUACUAAUUGUGCUUCAAUUACUGGAACAGCAUUAACAACUGCUAUUUGUGGAACUUAUGAUACAGGUUGUGUGGCAAAUGUUAACGGAACAGCUUGUUAAGAAAAGUAAGCAACUUGCGAUCUUUAUUUAACUCAGAACUCUUGUUCUACAUCAGCAGCUGCGGCGACAGCAGAUAAAUGUGCUUGGAGUGGAACUGCAUGUCUUGCAAUAGUAACAGCAAAUAUUGGUACUCAGUGUGCAUAUGUUACUGGAACUGGAUUGACAGAUGCAACAUGUGCUGCCUAUAAUGUAGAUUGUACAGCUAAUCGAGCUGGAACAGCAUGUCAAGAGCAAAAGGCUACUUGUGACUUAUACACAACUGAAGCUACAUGCUCAACAUCAAAAGCUGCAGCAACAGCAGAUAAAUGUGCUUGGAGUGGAACAGCAUGUCUUGCAAUAGUAACAGCAAACAUUGCUACUCACUGUGCAUAUGUUACUGGAACUGGAUUGUCAGCUGCAACAUGUGCUGCAUACAAUGCAGGUUGUACAGCUAAUCGAGCUGGAACAGCAUGUCAAGAACAAAAGGCUACUUGUGACUUAUACACAACUGAAGCUACAUGCUCAACAUCAGCAGCUGCGGCAACAGCCGAUAAAUGUGCUUGGAGUGGAACAGCAUGUCUUGCAAUAGUAACAGCAAACAUUGCUACUCAUUGUGCAUAUGUUACUGGAACUGGAUUGACAGAUGCAACAUGUGCUGCUUAUAAUGUAGAUUGUACAGCUAAUCGAGCUGGAACAGCAUGUCAAGAACAAAAGGCUACUUGUGACUUAUACACAACUGAAGCUACAUGCUCAACAUCAAAAGCUGCAGCAACUGCAGAUAAAUGUGCUUGGAGUGGUACAGCAUGUCUUGCAAUAGUAACAGCAAACAUUGCUACUCAUUGUGCAUAUGUUACUGGAACUGGAUUGACUGAUGCAACAUGUGCUGCUUAUAAUGUAGAUUGUACAGCUAAUCGAGCUGGAACAGCAUGUCAAGAACAAAAGGCUACUUGUGACUUAUACACAACUGAAGCUACAUGCUCAACAUCAAAAGCUGCGGCGACAGCAGAUAAAUGUGCUUGGAGUGGAACAGCAUGUCUUGCAAUAGUAACAGCAAACAUUGCUACUCACUGUGCAUAUGUUACUGGAACUGGAUUGUCAGCUGCAACAUGUGCUGCAUACAAUUCAGGUUGUAUUAAUCUAAAAGAUGGUACUGCCUGUUAGGAAGCCAAAGCUACUUGCAAAGAUUACACAACAUAAAACAAAUGCUCUGCAUAAUCAACUGGUUCCCUUUCAUGCAUUUGGGUUGAUAGCUCUUGUUACACAAUUAGUGAAAUAAGUUGUAGUUUAAUAACAGGAACUGGACUUGAUCAUGCUCAAUGUUAAUCUUACAGUGCAGGUUGCACAUCUAUUACUGAUGGAACAAAAUGCUAAGACUUAAAAUCAUCUUGCGAAUAAUAUGCAGGUACAGCUGCAAGUUGCACAAAAACUGCUACUUCAAAAUGUUAUUUAUAAAGCUCUACUUGUAUAACAAUUUCAAAUGUUGCAACUGAUUGUGCUAAAAUAACAGGAGGUGCUGGAACUAUAACGUAUGACAUUUGCUAAUCUUAUAAUACAGGAUGUAGUGCAAAUAGAGCAAGAAGUGCUUGUGUCUAACAAUAAGCUCAGUGUUCAGGAUACACUGUUCUUACUAGUUGUUAUAAAUCAGGGGCUGGUCUGUGUAUUGCAAGUACAAAUACCGACACUGCUUGUGUUGCAGCAUCAUCGGCUACAACUUGUGAUGCUGUUUAUUUAGGUGCAGGAAAUUACAGUAAUGCAAAUUGUGUUGAAAUGAAAGCUGGAUGCACAAAUAAUGGAACAACUGCAUGCGUAGCAAAAACUUGUGCAAAUGCUGCUGGAAUCACAUUUAAUCAUGCAAAUUGUAAUUCUUACCUUAACACCUGUACGGUAAAUUCUGGAGGUACCGCUUGCUAAACUAUGGUAUCUAAAUGUGCUGAUUAAACUUCAACUACUUGCCUUUACUCUGUUGAAGGAGAAUGUGUAGUAGUAGGAACAUCAUGCGUACGAAAGACAUGCGAUACUGCAGCAACAGAUGCUACUCGGGAUGAUGACUCUGAAUGUUCAGCUUACUAAUAAUCUUGUACUGUUGCUAGAUUAGGAGCUUGCCAAGCCAGAGCAGCUUGUGGUGCUUACAAAUCUUCGCUCUAAUGUAAGUUUAAUACCAGCGGUGGAAAAUGCUUUUGGAAUCCAACUAAUAAGACAUGUGUUGAUUUGAAUUGUGGUAACAUUGAAGCCACAACCUCAUACGAUACUCAUAAUGAAUGUGUUGCUGUUGAUUCAACACUUGCUUGCACAGUCAGAGCUACAAAUGCUGCAGCUGUUUAAGGUUGUAUGGCAAGAGGAGCAUGCGCUUCAUAUACCAUUGAAGAACAAUGCAAAACUAAUGCAAGUAAUGGUGUUUGUGUUUGGAAUACAAAUGCAAAUUUAUCUUCACCUGCUUGCCAAGAUAAAUCUUGUACUAGUGCUCCGACUUCCACUACAACCCAUAAUGAUUGUUUUGCUUAUUAUAAUACAGCAACAGUAAGAUGUACCGUUGUUGCUACUCCAAGCAAUAGUGGCGGUAGUCCAACUUUAGGAGGAUGUUAAUAGACUGCUGCUUGUUCAAGCUAUAUUGAUAAAGAAUAGUGUUAAAUAAAUGCCAAUGGAGAACCAUGUGGAUGGAAUGGUACUUAAUGUGCUGACAAAGCUUGCUCUACUGCUCCUGCAACUACAGAUUAUGAUGAUGAUACCAAAUGUAGAGCUUACUUAUCUAAUAAAUGCACAGUCUCAGAUUCUGGAUUAGGUUGUGUAGAUAUUCCUGCAACUUGCGAAACAAUGACAUAAAAGCAAUGUUAUUAUAAUAAAGCUGGGGAUCCAUGCUAUUGGACAGGAACAGCUUGUAUUACAAAAUCAUGUGACAAUGCUCCAGAUGCAACAGCCACAGCAGAGGAAUGCAAUACCUAUUUGGCUGGAUGUACCUUAGAUAAUGUUAAAAUGCAAGACUAAAGUUUGUGA